GCCCUUGUUGGAACAGCUCCUGCAUUACACUCUUAAAAAAUGAUCACAUUUUAACACAACUUAAAUAGUAAAAUAAGCAGACAUUACUUCAUAAAACUUUUUUGUUCUCAUUAUUGUAAAAUCCUGUUUGUCCAGCUAAUGGCAUCUUGUCAUUUUAGGUCUCCUGCACUUACUUUGCUUCAACUGUCAGCCAGUAAGUUCACAGAGCGUCCAACCUCACUGGCCUCUGGAAUUACCAGCUUCUUGAAGAGUGAAGUAAUGCCCACUCCGUGUGCUACAGAUAACAAUCUAAUUCCCUCUGCCUCUAGCCCAAAGAAAGCAAAUUCUGUAAAAAAACCUUUGACAGGCAUAGAAUUAUUUUUCAAGAGAGCAUCAGAAAAGCAGGAAGAUGAAACAUUAGGAUGCCCACUGUAUCCUAAUAAUACAAAAUUGUGUUCAUCAGAAGGCUCAGAAAGUUCAUUUUUAAAACAUUCCCAAGUAAAACAAGACACUGGGGAUUUCUUGUUUUUUAAUAACAGAAGAACAAAUUCAUCAAGUAUGGUCAUGGAAAAUGCUACAGGUACUCUAGAGCUGACCAGUCAGAAGACAUAUCGUUGUGGUUCAGAAUCUAAACAGGAGGAGGAUUCGGGUUCUUCUGAUAAACAAAUUCUGAACGGCUCUAAAAGCACAAUUGCCUCCAAAGAUGUUGCAGUUUCUUGUGAGAAUAAGGACAAAGAGGCAGCUGUGCCCAACAGUAUUGCAGUAGAAGACUUGGUAGAGUGUGAGAAAUGUGGUAAGGAUAUACUGGUUUGGGAAAUGCCUGAACAUGCAGAUUAUCACUUUGCUGUUGAGCUCCAGAGCUCAUUUUCUCCCCCUAGUGCACGUCCUCACAGUGAACAGCCCCAGGCUACCAAUGUCCCUUCCCGAGGAAAAAGUAAAAACAAGGGUUCACCUGGGCCCAGUCCUAAGAGAAGCAAGCCACAUAUCGGCAACCAAACACUGGACUUCUUUUUCAAAAAAAAAUCUGUGACCAGCGGCCUGCAAGACGGGACCGAGUAGCAGUUUGUGUACUGCCGAAGUACAAAUCAAGUUUCUGAAUUUUAAAGCCAUUUAUAACCUCUCUUUACAGUACAUAAAAAGCUCUCAAAUUAAAAGAGCAAGCUUAUGUUCACAUUUAAGAUUUGUGAUCAUGUUAAUCUCAGUGUGUGUGUUUGGAGUAUGCAGUUGUUUUACAAUAAUGUACAGUACUGGAAUGCUACUUUUAAGUAUUUGGAGAAGCAAAUCUGCCAUAAAUGCAAGUCGAUGGUUUGCCUGUAGAUGGAGGUGUUGGACAAGUUGAAGGUCCUGAGAGGUGAGGUGGUUAUUUCUUCAGGCUGUGAUGUUUGAGAAUUGAUAGUUUACAGUAUUCUAAAUUGUCCAUAGUGUGUGUGUGUGUGUGUGUGUGCACGUGCCCUGUGGUGGGCUGGAGCCCUGACUGGG